GAGAGAGAAAAAGGGGACACUUAAUCGCAUCACUAGUCAUAGAAUUUUGGGAAUCAUCAUUUCCGACGUCGAAUCCGAAAAUGGAUCCCUGCCCAUUCGUUCGACUGAUAGUGGAAUCAGUAUCCCUCAAACUCCCCUCCUCUAAGGCCGGAACAUGCUACGCCAAGCUCAAACUCCACAACUUCCCUUCACAAAUCCUCUCCCUUCCCCGCUCCUCCUACUCCACAUUCCACCUCGACACCGACGCCCUCCGCCUCUUCUCCAAAAAGCCCCUCACCACCCUCAAAAUCUCCGUCUUUUCCGGCCCCGCGGCCUGCUCCUGCGGCGUCGUCACCGGUAACCUAAUCGGCACCCUCAAAUUAUGCCUUAACCUCACUAACGUCCGCUCCAGGACCUGCAUUUAUCACACCGGCUGGAUGAACCUCGACGACGCCGAGCCGGCGGCCAGGCUGCACCUCGCUGUCCGGUCCGAACCCGAUCCACGCUUCGUGUUUCAGUUCGGAGGCGAACCCGAGUGCAGCCCGGUUGUUUUCCAGAUUCAGGAGAAUAUAAGACAGCCGGUUUUCAGCUGCAAGUUCACCGCCGACCGGAGUCACAGGUCACGAGGAUGGGCGCAAACAUUUAGCGAGAGGGGAGGAAGAAGAGAGAGAAAAGGGUGGAUGAUAACAGUGUACGAUCUCUCGGGCUCGGCGGUUGCCGCAGCAUCGAUGGUGACCCCAUUCGUGCCGUCACCGGGGUCGGACCGCGUGUGCCGUUCAAACCCGGGCGCGUGGCUGAUCCUCUGCCCCAACGGCGUCUCCAUCAGCAGCUGGAAGCCGUGGGGGCGGCUCGAGGCGUGGCGGGAGAGCGGCCUGGGCUACAAGUUCGAGCUGAUGACCAACUCGGGGCUCGCCACCGGAAUCCCCAUCGCCCAAGGAAGCUUGAGCGUUAGAAAGGGGGGGAGUUUCUGCAUUGAAAGCUUGAGAAAAGGGGCCAAUAUUCGAGGGUUCGUGAUGGGGUCGAGCGUCCAAGGAGAGGGGAAGACGAGCAAGCCGCUGGUGCAAGUUAGCGUGCACCACGUGGGGCGCGCCGCCCUCUUCGUUGCGCUAGCUGCUGCUGUGGACCUCAGCAUGGAUGCUUGCAGAUUGUUUUCCACCAAAUUGAGGAAGGAAUUCAGCCACGACCACCAACAACUGUGAGGAACAUCUGCUCUGCUUCUCCAUGCUAUGGAAAUAUUUUGGAGUACAUGGAUCAGAGAGUUACUAAUUGAUCAGAUCACCCAUCUACCCAUUUGGUCCAACCACCCAGGCCUCACACUUAUCAAACUGUAUUCAAUUAUUGAAUUGAAGUCCCAAAUAAUUGAUCUAGGCAGGUGAGAUUAUAUCAUCUACGCAAUCUUAUCACAACACACAUUAAACAAAUCAAUUAUCAUCGCAUAAAAUAAUCCAAAUUUCAAACAUUUCGAUGCCAUGACAUUUAUUCUAUCUUCUCUCCCGGAGAGUGUUUUUUGUUUAUCGGGGAGAAGGAAUGCAAAGAUAUUCAUAUUUGAAAAGCCCUUGAAUCUAGUUUCACAAGUCAAUUGAAUGCUAAGUAAGAAUAAAAAGGAUACAUUUAUACACAUAAUAAAAAUGCAACUUUUAACUUUUAAUCAAGAUUUUCACGCUAUUACACCAACACUCUCAAAAUUUAAGGCCAUCUUCAAAAAUGGUUAUAAAAGCUUCCAUUCUAUUCCUCGGUAGCGAAGUUCCGACCACCAAACCGCCUUCAGAAUCCAGCGAAUUACACAACGACAUCGUAUACUUCUCCUCAUCCAUUGACAAAACCUCCAACCUCCUCGCCUUUCCCCAUCCAAAAUCAGCAUUCGACAAAUCGAAUUUCGGCGAACCGGAAACUCCAAACGUACUCAACCUCGCCAAUUUCGACAUCUCAGAUAACCAACUAUCCAAAUCUCCCAAAAAAAUCUCUUUAUUAUUCACUCGGUUCUUGAUCAAAUCCGCAAUCGCCUCUGCCGCCGCCACAAAUCCUUCCUCCGCCACCAACUUCUUAUGCUCCACCGUCGCAGCCCCGCCGCCCAAGCAAUUCCCGAAGUAAUUCACCGGCACUGGCGGGUCAACUAGCGCGUUCGGCCGCCCCCUUCCGUCCGCCGGCAAGAGGAGCACCUCGGUCGCAUCCUCGUCUGCCCCCUCCCCGGCGGCGGCCGCGGAUUUCACCACGACACUCCACGUGUACGCCACCGUGACGGCGAAAGUAGAGAUGUAAACUAGGCCGGGUUUUUUCGACAUAACAAUAUCCUUGAGUUUUUUAAUAUCGGACUGAUGGAGUCUGAACGCGCCCCUGACUCGGUUAGUAGGCACAGGCGAACUUGACAGAGUCAAAGGUAUAUUCCUCAUAUUACUCCAUAAAUUUUCGCUUAUGCCCUUGAUAUCUCCAAAUACAGAUCUAUCAAAGAGCGGUGGCGAUGAGCAGUUUAGAAACCAUUCGUCCCCGCCGCUUUGAUUCGUCUCGGCCCAGGCCGAGAAGAAUCGGAACACGGACCUCGCAUCGCCGAGGCAGUGGUGAUUGCUCACCCCGACGCAGAUGCCGCGCCCGGGGAAGAGCGUAACCUGGAGGGCGAUGAGAGGGGCAAUUUUGUAAUUUUCCUCCUCGACAAACGGCGGCAUUCGCGGGGUGAAAUCGUAAAACUGAUCGGAGUCUCGAGCGUGGCUUCCGGUGACUUCAUCGAAGUCGCAGAGGGAGACGGCGAUCGUGAGGGGAGCGGCGUCGCCGGGGACGUAGCGGAUGAAGGGGCGGGAUUUUUCGGUGUCGAGAGGGAAGAGGAGGUUGCCGGCGACGGGGGUAAAGUGUUGGAGGGUGCGAGAGAGAGAGUGUUUGAGGUUUGGAACGAUGGUGGAGGAGAAUUCGGCCUCGGUGCAAGGGUGGUUGUAGAAGAUGAGGCGGCGGAUGGGGUGGAAAGGCAGCCACACGAUGUCGAAGAAGCAUAGGGGAAGGGUUAGCUCGGCGGUGGAGCCCGGUGGAGGAGGGAUGCCGGUGAUUUCGAGCACGGUGGUGGACAUGGCGAAAAAGUUUUGGUCAAUUAUUGGGCUUGGUAUUAUUUUUCGGGUGGUAUCUAUGUCUAUACAUAUAGAUAGUUAGAUUUUGUGUUCACAUUCACUUAGAUAUUUCCUCCAUACCAAAAUAAUAAACACAUUUCAUUUUCUGCGCA